AGUCUCGGGUGGCCGCGGGGCGUUGGGCAGGUGGGAGCCCGUGUGGGCCAGGCCGGGAUGAGCUAUGGCAUCAGUCAAGGUGGCCGUGAGGGUCUGGUACCAUGAAUCGCAGGGAAAAGGACUUGGAAGCCAAAUUCAUUAUUCAAAUGGAGAAAAGCAAAACGACAAUCACAAACUUAAAAAAGAUACCAGAAGGAGGGACUGGGGACUCAGGAAGAGAAUGGACCAAGACCUUCACCUAUGACUUCUCUUUUUAUUCUGCUGAUCUGAAAAGUCCAAAUUAUGUCUCACAGGAGAUGAUUUUCAAAACCCUCGGCACAGAUGUCGUGAAGUCUGCAUUUGAAGGUUAUAAUGCUUGUGUCUUUGCAUAUGGGCAAACUGGAUCGGGAAAGUCAUACACUAUGAUGGGAAAUUCUGGUGAUUCUGGCUUAAUACCUUGGAUCUGUGAAGGGCUCUUCAGUCAGAUAAAUGAAACCACCAGAUGGGAUGAAGCGUCUUUUCCAAAGGAAGUCAGUUACUUGGAAAUUUAUAAUGAAUGUGUGAGAGAUCUACUUAGGCGGAAGUCAUCCAAAACCUUCAAUCUAAGAGUCCGAGAGCAUCCAAAAGAAGGACUGUAUGUUGAGGAUUUAUCCAAACAUUUAGUACAGAAUUACGGUGAUGUCGAAGAACUAAUGGGUGGAAAUAUCAAUCGAACCACAGCAGCGACUGGGAUGAAUGAUGUCAGUAGCAGAUCUCAUGCCAUCUUCACCAUCAAGUUCACUCAGGCAAAAUUUGAUUCUGAAAUGCCCUAUGAAACCGUGAGUAAGAUCCACCUAGUUGAUCUUGCUGGAAGUGAGCGCGCAGACGCCACUGGUGCUCCUGGGGUCAGACUGAAGGAAGGGGGGAAUAUUAACAAAUCCCUCGUGACUCUGGGAAAUGUCAUUUCUGCCUUAGCUGACUUAUCUCAGGACGCGGCAAACCCUCUCGUGAAGAAGAAGCAAGUUUUUGUCCCUUACAGGGAUUCUGUUUCGACUUGGUUGUUGAAAGAUAGCCUUGGUGGGAACUCUAAAACCAUCAUGAUCGCCACCAUUUCACCUGCUGAUGUCAAUUACGGAGAAAUCCCAAGUACUCUUCGCUAUGCAAAUAGAGCCAAAAACAUCAUCAACAUGCCUACUAUUAAUGAGGACGCCAACGUCAAGCUCAUCCGUGAGCUGCGUGCCGAAAUAGCCAGACUGAAAACGCUGCUUGCUCAAGGGAAUCAGAUUGCCCUCUUAGACUCCCCCACAGCCUUAAGUAUGGAGGAAAAACUUCAGCAGAAUGAAGCAAGAGUUCAAGAAUUGACCAAGGAAUGGACAAAUAAGUGGAAUGAAACCCAAAAUAUUUUGAAAAAGACAUACAAAUGGCCAACAAGCACAUGCAAAGAUGCUCAACAUCACCUAUCUCAGUGAAACGCAAGUCAGAACCACAAUGAGGUAUCACCUCACACCUGUCAGAAUGGCUGUCAUCAAAAAGACAAGAGAUAACCAGUGUUGGGGAGGAUGUGGAGAAAAA